AUCUGCCUCAUCUAAAAGCAAACGUAUAUAAACCCUCGUCUCUCUUGUUGAAGGAACACUGCUUCCAGUGAGUCCCUCUGCUGCUGCUGCUUUGAUUCAUCAUUGCAACAAGAUGACUUCCGUCCUUCUUUUCACUUUGCUCCUUUGUGGAUUUGGCCUUGAAGUAAACGCCGAAUCUCCUGUACUACCAGAUAUUCGCUGUAGCAGAUUCACUGGGUUCACUUGGUACAACGGCCGCUGUUACCGGUUUGUGAAGCAACAAAAGGAUUGGUAUGAAGCUGAGAAGGCCUGUAAUAGAUUUGGUGUACAUCUGGCCUCCAUCCGGACACAGGAUGAGCACGACUUCAUCAGUGAUUUGAUCUUGAAAAACACAGGAUCAUACACGAGGACCUGGGUAGGAGGCCACAAGGGACUUGUGUGGACUUGGAGCGAUGGGUCACCGUUUACCUUCAGCAGUUGGUCCCCAGGAGAGCCUAACAACGCUGGAGGAAAUGAGAACUGCAUGCGAAUCAACUUGAGAGGCAGAGACUAUGUCGACAAUGCCAACUGUGACAUCAGACUGUCAUUUGUCUGUUCCCAAGAAUCAUUAUGGCUCCCCUAGUCGGUUUAAUACCUCUGACAGAAUCUGCCUUCCAGCAGAACCUCAAGCCUCAAUGACGUCACUUCUGAGAGAUACUGUGAUUUAUCAGAUGUUAUGUCAUGUUUGAAAUAAACAAAACUGCAUCUACAGA